GGCCCCAACCCCCGAUCCUGGGUCCCAAUUUCCUUGAUCAACCGCACCAAAGGAACUCCAUGCCCAGUGCUGGGUCCUUCCCUUCUUCGGUGCUCCAAGGGGGCUCAAGCCCUGGCCCCCCCCAGCCAGGGCCAGAGCCAGAGCUGGACCCAGAGCCCCCCAAGAAGAAGAGGAAGAAGAAAUACCUUCGUCAUGACAAGCCUCCUUACACCUACCUGGCCAUGAUAGCCCUGGUGAUCCAAGCUGCCCCAACUCGGAGGCUCAAACUGGCCCAGAUCAUUCACCAGGUUCAAGCCCUGUUCCCCUUCUUCAAGGAUGACUAUGAGGGGUGGAAGGAUUCCAUCCGGCACAACCUCUCCUCCAACCGAUGCUUCCAUAAGGUGCCCAAGGACCCAGAGAAGCCACAGGCCAAAGGGAAUUUUUGGGCAGUGGACGUGAGCCAGAUCCCUGCUGAGGCCCUUCGGUUGCAAAACACAGCUGUGGCCCGUCGAGGGGAGAGGGGUGGUCAGGGCAAAGCCUUUGCCAAGGACCUGACCCCCUAUGUUCUCCAUGGCUGGCCCUAUCGGCCCCCAAGCCCCAACCUAGCCAUCGACUCCUUCAGUAUUGAUUCCUUGCUUGGGGAUAUUCCAGAAGGGCCCCAACCUCCACGACCAUCCUCCUCCUCUUCCUCCUCCUCCUCUUCUUCCUCUUCCACUUCAGAGCUGGUGUCUUGGCCUCUGGGCACCCUCUCCAAGUCAAAAGAGGGGUCUUGUUGGAGCCAAGGGGCACCAAUCUCUCCUUUGUCUUCUUCUGCUACUUCAGAGGGGGGACUCUGGCCCCUUUGGCCUAUCCCUCUCCUGCAGGGUACUUCAACCCAGGCAGGGCUAUUGGGAACCUCUGGGGGAUCCCAGCGGCCUCCUCCCCUCUCAUCUGAGCAGGGCUCCUGGCCUCUCCUUCCUCUUCCUAUGAUUCAGGGUCCUUCAAGCCAGGUACAGCUAUCAGGAGGUACCAGGGUCCCCCUUUGGGGACAGCUGCCCACAUCAUACUCUCCUAUAUACACCCCAAAUGUGGUAAUGCCCUUGGCACAGAUCCCACCCCCAACUUGCCCUCAAUGUCUGCCCUCUUCAGGUCCUUCCUACUGGGGGCUAACACCUAAGGCCACUGGUCCCACUGGUUCCUUAGGGGACCUGGAUGCUCUCUUCCAGGCAGUGCCACCUAACAAGAGCAUCUAUGAUGUGUGGGUCACUCACCCCUUGGAUCUGGUAUCUCCUAACUCCAGGGGUUCCACUCCCGGGACACUACUCACCUGGUACAAUGUAUGAAGAAGUUGGAUUGGGUUCUCUUCCCCCAUCCAUUCAUUACCUUCUUCCCCAAACUCCACCCCAAAUGGAGUUCACAUAAGGAAAGAAAAAUAGAUAAUCCUUCACUGUGGGGGUUCCUAGGUAUUCUCAGACCCAAGUCCCAGAGCCAUUAUUACAAACUAGCUGUUCUCUACCUUGGGGACUGCCAAAAGGCCUGUCAUCCUAUUGUUUAGCCAUCCCCCCCAGUCAUGUCUGAUUCUUUAUAAUCCCUUUUGAAGUUUUCUUGGCAAAGAUAAAGGAGUGGUCAUCCUUUUCCAGAUCAUUUUGUAGAUGAGGAAACUGAGGCAAACAGGGUUAAGUGACUUGCUCAGGGUCACACAACUAGGAAGUUUUUGAGGCUAUAUUUGAA